UCAGUCGGCAGGGAGCAGCAAAUUAAAUCCAGUCGGCACGGAGCAGCAGCACCACGCGUCUCCACCCACCCCACGUCCACCUGUGCGUCGAGGUGCGCUCGCCUCCCGCGUUCUGCUCCACUUGUAUUAUAUCUAUCCAUCCUCGAUUGAUCUAGGCUUUCACCGUCUCGCACACACAGAGGGAAAGCAGCUGCACCGUACCGACGUAAGUGCGACGAUGGACGCGCCGGCCCCCGACAACAUCGCCGCUGAGGAGGGCGGGCAGCAACAGAUGCACCAGGACGAGAAGGAGCACAGGCCGAUGUUCAGGAGAGUCAAGGACAAGAUGAGGAAGAUCAAGAACACCAUCGCCGGCCACGGCCACGAUCACGAUCACGAUCACGAGCAGGACACCGGUGGCGGUGAUAGCAACAGCACCGGCGAGGACGAGGAGGAUGCGGCGACGAGGGAAGCCAAGGUGGAGAAGGGCGGAUACCAGCAGCAAGUCGUCGAGGACAAGCCCAUCUUCGCGGACUCCAGUCCCGAGCACGACGACGCUCCGGGGGUGCGACUUGGUGACCUUGGCGCCCCGGCAGCGGCGCAGGAGGUGAAGCGCGACGACGCUCCGGGGGUGCGGCUUGGUGACCUUGGCGCCCCGGAAGCGGAGCAGGAGGUGAAGCGCGACGACGCUCCGGGGGUGCGGCUUGGUGACCUUGGCGCCCCGGCAGCGGAGCAGGAGGUGAAGCGCGACGACGCUCCAGGGGUGCGGCUUGGUGACCUUGGCGCCUCGGCAGCGGCGCAGGAGGUGAAGCGCGACGACGCCGCGGGGAUGCGGCUCGGCGAUUUGGGCGGCCCGGCGUCGGCGCAGGAGGUGAAGCGCGACGACGCUCCGGGGGUGCGGCUCGGCGGUCUCGGCAGCCCUGUCAUCGAGGACCCGGCCGUGCCGAACUCGAGGACGCCCAUGCCGCGAGGUGGCCAAGACAUCGGCACGACGGACGCCAUCCGUAACUUCGAGGCGAUGACUGUGUCAGACGACCCCAAGCAAGUCGGCGCACGGAAGAUGGACGUCGACGUGAGCAAAGAGUAUGAGGCAAUGCCGGUGUCGGACGGCACCGGGGAGGAAUGGAACGACGCACCCACGGACGCCGACUACACCUGGAGCGACACGGACAGGCUCAAGAACACGGCAGCUGACACGGUAUAUGAGAAGGUCGCCGGCGUCGGCACGGUCAUGGCGAGCAAGGCGCAGGAGGUCACCCCCGGCUUCGGCGCUGGCGGGAACGCGCAGGACGACUCCAGCGCAACUGCCGCCCCUGAAUCGGUGACCGCCGGUGCAGGGAAGAGGGACCUCGACUUGCCGCAAGAGGGAACGCGGGCGUCCUACACCGGCACGGAGGGGCUGAAGAACGCGGCCACGGGCGCGACGGGCACGGAGGGGCUGAAGAACGCGGCCACGGGCGCGACGGGCACGGAGGGGCUGAAGAACGCGGCCACGGACGCGACGGGCACGGAGGGGCUGAAGAACGCGGCCACGGACGCGACGGGCACGGAGGGCGCGCCUGGCGCGACGUACACCGACAUGAUCAAGUCCGCGGCGGCGGGCACCACGGAGUACGGCAAGAAGCUGGCGAGCACGGUGUACGACAUGAUCAAGUCCGCGGUGGCGGGCGCCACGGAGUACGGCAAGAAGCUAGCGAGCACGGUGUACGAGAAGGUCGCCGGCGUCGGCACGGCCGUGGCGAGCAAGGCCCAGCAGGUGACGACAUCCGCCGGCACCGCGGUGCUUCACGGCGCGGCUCCAAGGACCAACACGAAUGUGAUGUGAAGUGCAGCGUGUGAUCGAUCAGUGCGCCGUGGUCGAUCGUGGGAUCGAUCGCUGGAAUAAGUCGCCUGGUUGGUGUUUGGGUUCAUCUGGGGCUUCAUCGUUCCUAUAUUUUGGGCAAAACGUGUUCCAGAAGUGUUCGUGUGAGUUUCACACUUUUUGUAUGUCUGUAAAUCAUGUACGGUACGCGUGUGUAUGUACAUGUUUCUGUCUGUCUGUCUGUCUGUCUGUCUAAAUUCUUUUCAACUUCA